ACAUUUAAUGUUUUGAAAUCAGAGUUAGAUACAUUUGAAAGACACUUUGAUUCCGUGCCGUGACAAGGUUUUUGGAGCGGUGAUUGAGUACUGAUUUUACCGUACCGAGUUAAACCAUGGACGCCGGCUCGAUUCUACUGUGUUCCCAACCAUUUCGUCCUAUACCCAUGUAUGGACACAGAUUUGCAGCUGACGUUACCGGAACUGGAAAUCCGCACCCUGCAGCUCAUUUCUUACCCUGCUUCCGCCCAGCACCAUUCGAUGGUCUCUACAGUGCACCGGGUUCAAUGGCGGCAUAUAACUUAGCAAUUCAGGAACAUUUGAGGCGCAUUCAGGGCCGCCAUAUUGGAAAAGUGAUGGAAAACCACCAUAUUGGAAAAGUAAUGGAAAACCACCUCGCCAUCAGUAAUAAUGUUUUGUGUACAAAUAAUACUGUUGUAAACAUUCCAAAACCUGAUCUUGAAACGCCUCAAAUAAAUCAUAAUGUCCCGGCAAUACCGUCCAAGCUAGACAUAAAGGAAAAGGCUAGAACAGCAUUGAAUCCAUACGAAAGUUUUCCUUCGUAUUCCCUCGGACGGAAGUUGUUCCCGUGCCCAAAUUGCAGAUAUACAACAGAUAGGAGAAACAACCUGAAACGCCACAUGCUGACGAUGCAUCAAACAACAUCAAAGUUGCUGGAGUGUUGCGGCAUCCUCUUCAGAACCAAAGCAUCAUUACGGGAGCAUGCAAUGAUAUUUCAUUACCAUGGCUACACGUGUUAUUAUUGUGGAAGAAGGUUUUGUCGGAAGGCGCUCCUGAAGCGCCAUCUAUCGGUUCAUAAUGGUCAGAAGGAUUUCGUGUGCAGUGUAUGUGACUAUGCUACAAGCCACAAAAGUAACUUAGAACGACACAAAAAGGUCCACCAGCGACCAGAAGACUGUAAAGACACCGAUGGGUCACGUAGUGACCUUGACAAUGAUGGGUCGAAAAGUGACCUUGACCUUGAAGGAAGUGAUCAUGCUGAAAGCAUGGAAGACUUAUCAGUGUGUUCGGACAGUGAUGAUGAAGAAAUUAAUGUUCAUAGUGAUUAAAUUGAAAAAUAAAUAUAUAUAUUCAGAGAAAUGCAUUGACACAAGAAGCAUUGUCCUUAUGUCUGUUGAUAAAUGAAAAAUGCUCCUCCUGUAAGGAUAGGAGUUCGAAAAAGUAUUGAAUAGCGUUCUGUUGGGGAAAGUCUUGCAUUAAUAUCAUUUCCUUACUAGUAGAAAUCUGAUGGCUGAUAUUUAAUAAUUACCAUUUUAUAAUUUAAAGUAUCUUUCUGAAGAACUGUUUACGAUGCACGAAUAUAUUUGAGAGUGACUGUUUACAAUUCAUCCAACGCAGUGGCAUCUUAUUUAAGCAACAAACUUGUUAUCCUAAUGACAUUUCUCUAUAAUAAUUGCAUUUAGCGUUGUGUUAUUGAAAUGUUCUGCAAUAUUUAAAUUUCACAAAAUUGAUUUCAUCAAUACUGUUUCAAAUGUGUUUUGUGUUAUGUUGUAUUCCUUGUAUGUACUAUGUACAUAUUUAACUUUGUUGAAAAUAAAUAAAAACUUAAUGUUA